AUGGCGAGGCCCAGCAGCAGCGGCUUUGUGGGCGGCUGGUCUGACCAGAUGAGCGGGAAGCAGCGCGACAAGUCGCGUCUGUCGACCGUCUUGUCGGACGACGCUGCCGACCAGGCUGACGUGGUGGGAGGCGAUGUGGCGCUCGAGACGGCCCGCUUCUGCUCGGCGCGUGGGGAGGGCGGCCCGACUGGCCAACUCACGCCGACGGUGGCCGCAGUGGCCCGCAUCAACGCCUGCCUCGAUGCCGACGACGCUGAGGCCACACUGGCCGCGCUUGCGCAGCCGCAGACGCGACUGCCUGGCCUGCCCGACUGCCUUCUGGUCGAUACGGCGCGGUCGGACCUCGUAGGCCCGGCCAAUGUCUUGUCGGACCGUCGCGUCCUGCUUGCCGGCCUCUACCACGCCGAGCUGGCCACGGCCCGGGCCGACAAGUCGGCCGACCUGACGCACGCUGAGCUGACGGCCCUGAUGGACGCGCUCGCCUGCCUCAGCGCGGUCAAUCUGGCCGUCGAACUGGCCGACGCGGGCGCUCUUGGUCUGGCGCUGCGGCUACCCGAGGCCGACUGGCAGGGCGCCGAGGCCGUCUGUCCCGAUGUCUGUCUGGCCCGGCUGCGCUCCAGACGCGACGAGAAGACGGCGGCCGGCCUGUCGGCCUGCCUGACGCGGGCCGACGUGCAGACAGUCGUCUGGCAGGCCAGCCUGUCUGCACGCCUCCUCGCGCCGGACUCGCUCUCCGCGCGCGCCGACGCCUUCAUCCUGCGCGCCUGCCGCCAGCACCGCCAGCACCGCCAGCGCCAGUGCCGACUGCCCGAUCCGACUGGCCAAUCACCGGCCGCCGGCCCGGUCCAUCUCGGGCUCGAAUCGUCUCUAUCCGCAUCCGAGCCCACGCUCGCACACGAACAGACGCACGCGCGCCACUGCCGCACACUGGACAGACGCCAGGCCAAUAUCGGCCGAUCCGUCGACCCCGUCCCUCUGCCAGUCGUCUGGUGGGAGGAGCUGCACAUCGGCGGCCCUAGACCCGAUCGACCGGCCAGUCAGUCGACCGACCCACAAACCGCCGACCGCGGCCUCGACACCCACCCGCCCCCUCCGACGGACAAAGGGCCCGGCCGCACGGCCACGGCGACACAAGCAGACUCACAUCAGCCCACCAAGCCACUGGUCACGAGGCCGGAAUGUCGCGUU